AGCUAAAAGUGCCGCAACGACAGUACAGUCGUCAGGAGACGGUAGAGACCGAACCCCUGGAGCACCAGACAGUAUCAAGAUGUUCUUCAGUUUGCAAUCCAGAUGGCACAUCAUCCCCAUCAGUACCGCAACCACCUUCACCGUCACAGCAGGAAUCCUCAUCUACUGACCACCCCCACGGCAAGCCCUCCGCUUCUGACGUCGACAUCUCCGCUAAGACAGGCAAUGUCACAGAGGGCGGAGGACAGGAGAUGGUCGAGCGUCGGCACUACUUGUUCGACAUCUUCAAGGCGUACCCCUGGCUGAUGUUCUCUCGGGCACCCUGGUACAUCCAGGUGUACAGCAUUUUCGUGCUCCUCUUCGAUGUUAUCUGGGGGACCGGGUUCAAACACUUCAUGCGUCUUUACGUGAGGCGGGUUCUAAACCCCCAAGGUAUACUCGGACAGUACAAGGACAUGAUUGAGAUUGGCAGCAAACAGAUCUGUGCUGCGCUCAAAUUGUUAUCGUCUCCUGAUCAUGUACCAGCCUUGUUAAACUGCACUUUCGGCAAGGAUCGAACUGGUGUCCUCUGUGCUUUGAUUUUAGCCUGUCUCGGAAAAGACAAAACCUACAUUUCAAGGAACUACGCACAGUCAGCUGCGUUGUUGGAACAUGUGAAAGAUGUACUCAGAGAUGAGAUGACCAGAAAAUAUCAACUCAACGAGACGUUCAUCACGGCAGAGGAGCAGACCAUGAUGGAUCUCUUGACUCAUAUUGAAGAGAAGUAUGGAUCGGUAACUGAAUACAUGGAGCAUAUUGGAUUCAGCCGGGAAGAACAGAAAAUGUUGUGUGAAAACAUCUGUAGAUAAUGGCGUGUUAACAAUGAUGAUGAUGAUGAUAAUGGUGGUAAUGGAUUGAUGGAGGUGGUGGGGAGGGCCGCAGUAAUGAUAACAACGAAAUCAAUUAACAAUGAUAACAAUGUUGUGAAAUAUAUUUUUGUAUAUAUAAAUAUAUAUAUACAUACAUACACAAACAUAUACAAUACAAACCCACACACACACACAUAUAUAUAUAUAUAUAUAUAUAUAUA